UGAUAACUACACUCCGAGACAAUAGGUGGCGGCAUACACUGUCUUCUUCGCUUGUCGCCAUAUAGUCGUAGAGGAAGAAGAAUAAAGCCCAACGUCAGUUAUUCGACAUGGCGCGGGAAACCCGGGAAGAGACGGAGAUGGAGGUCCACGAAGAAAUCGACGAAGAGACGGAUGGUCUCUCUCCGUCGACUUUAAAACUCUACGAGGCUCAGUUUUUCGGAUUCACGCCGCAGACCUGCAUGCAGCGGGUCCGCAGCGCCUUCCAGGACUGUCUGUUCGACAUUUUGCCCGUGGUGGAGAAGGUGUGCGUCCGGCAGCUGAGCAAAGGCGAGUCGGACGCGGCCGAGGAGCAGCUCCGGGCCAAGGCCAGGGAGUGUAGCCAGAAACUGCAGCAGUACCUCGGCAAGCGCUUCAAGCAGCAGUCGGAGCGGAUGGAAGCGCUGCUGGUCGACCGGUGCCUGUCGGUGCCGCCUAACGUCCUGCUGCCCGAGGACCAGUGCCACAGCAGCAACGCCCAAGACGCGCAGGAGGUCCAGAAGCUGGAGUCCUCAAUCACAGAUCUCCAGGCAGCCUACGAAGCGGAGGUCUGUGCUCGACGGGCCCUGCUAGCAGAGCUGGACGAGCAGACGGAGGCGCAGAAGCAGCUGGACGGGAUCCUGGCGUGGACCAGAGAGCUGCAGGCCGCCUGGAUGAAGGAAGGUAACGGCAACUUCCAUGAAAGUUUCCGACUGUUGAUGGAUUCGGUAAAGAAACUGCAGGGGGUCAUUGGGGGGGUCUGCAAAAAAGCCCCUCGCUGAACUGGACUAAGAUUUGUUUAGAUUUGUUUAGAGACAUUCCUUAAAAACCUUAAUUGUUGUGAUCCAUAUGUGAUGGAUAUAAGACACAUGGUUUUGUCAGGUUGAACAGUCAUUGUUGGCUGCUGGUAUUAACUCUUGAUGAGAAACACAAUUAAACACCACAAAAUGUGCUAUAAUAAA